GCAUGCGCCAGGGCUGAGGCGGCAUUGGCGGGCCCGCCCCCGCCCCCCGGGGACGGGCGGGUUACCCAGAAGGCAGCGCGCCGCUCCGAGGUCAAGAUGGCGGCGAGGGCGUCCGUUGCAGGAGGAGGUCGCCUGUUAGACAGGAUUCGCAAGUGGUAUUAUAAUGCAGCUGGAUUCAACAAACUCGGAUUAAUGCGAGAUGAUACGUUAUAUGAAGAUGAUGAUGUAAAAGAAGCACUGAAGAGACUUCCAGAACAUCUUUACAAUGAAAGAAUAUUUCGCAUAAAGCGAGCACUUGACUUAAGCCUGAAACAUCAGAUCCUUCCAAAAGACCAGUGGGUGAAGUACGAAGAGGAUAAGCAUUAUCUUGAACCGUACUUAAAAGAAGUAAUCCGUGAAAGACUUGAAAGAGAAGCAUGGAACAAGAAAUAACUAUUGAACUACUUCAUGCAAAUAGCCACAUAUUUCUGAUUUUUUUAAACAUUUGGUUACAGAAGUCUACAGGGAGGCAAAUGUGAGGCUGAGGAAUACUGUUUCAGUUUGUUCAUUGAAUCUGUUCAUCCAACUAAAAUAAACAUGUCAAAGUAUAAAAUCUA